UUUUUUGUAUAUAAUAAGCUUCCCCUAGAGUCUUAAGAUUCCUCAUUUUGUAUAUCUCGUUUCCCCAAACAGAGUCUUCGAAGCCGCCGGCCAUAAUCUCCGGUUGCUUUGCUAAAUCUACGGUGACCACUUUCCGAUCUCCUCUCAGUUCCCGUUGAAUAGAAAAUGGCUGACGGUGAGGAUAUUCAGCCCCUUGUUUGUGACAAUGGAACUGGAAUGGUGAAGGCUGGAUUUGCUGGUGAUGAUGCCCCUAGAGCAGUGUUUCCUAGCAUUGUUGGUCGUCCUCGCCACACUGGUGUUAUGGUUGGAAUGGGUCAGAAAGAUGCAUAUGUUGGUGAUGAAGCUCAAUCCAAGAGGGGUAUCUUGACCUUGAAAUACCCAAUUGAACACGGUAUUGUCAGCAACUGGGAUGAUAUGGAGAAGAUCUGGCAUCAUACUUUCUACAAUGAGCUUCGUGUUGCCCCCGAGGAGCACCCUGUUCUGCUUACUGAAGCACCUCUCAACCCUAAGGCCAACAGAGAGAAAAUGACCCAGAUUAUGUUUGAGACCUUCAACGUUCCAGCUAUGUAUGUUGCUAUUCAGGCUGUGCUUUCCUUGUAUGCUAGUGGUCGUACAACUGGUAUUGUGUUGGACUCUGGUGAUGGUGUGAGUCACACUGUCCCUAUUUACGAGGGUUAUGCUUUGCCGCAUGCCAUUCUUCGUUUGGAUCUUGCUGGUCGUGAUUUAACUGAUAACCUGAUGAAGAUCCUCACCGAGAGAGGUUACAUGUUCACCACCACUGCUGAACGGGAAAUUGUCCGCGACAUGAAGGAAAAGCUUGCCUAUGUGGCUCUUGACUAUGAGCAGGAGAUUGAAACUGCCAGGAGCAGCUCCUCCAUUGAAAAGAACUAUGAAUUGCCUGAUGGACAAGUUAUUACCAUUGGUGCUGAGAGGUUCCGUUGCCCAGAGGUCCUCUUCCAGCCAUCCAUGAUUGGUAUGGAAGCUGCAGGUAUCCACGAGACUACCUACAACUCUAUUAUGAAGUGUGAUGUUGAUAUCAGGAAGGACCUCUACGGUAACAUUGUGCUCAGUGGUGGUUCAACCAUGUUCCCUGGUAUUGCUGACCGUAUGAGCAAGGAAAUCACCGCCUUGGCUCCCAGCAGCAUGAAGAUUAAGGUUGUUGCUCCACCGGAGAGAAAGUACAGUGUCUGGAUUGGAGGAUCCAUCCUUGCAUCACUUAGCACCUUCCAGCAGAUGUGGAUUUCAAAGGGCGAGUACGACGAGUCUGGUCCAUCCAUUGUCCACAGGAAGUGUUUCUAAAAGUGAACUCGGGUCUGCUGUUAGGCAAGUCUUUGAGAUGGGGCUAUGAAAGAAGGGCAAUUAAAACAUUGUACUACUGCUGAUACUAUUUCAUGUUUCCAGUACAAGCCUCUUUUGUCUGGAGAUAUAUCCCUUCUUGAAUUUGAACUUGAACUUGAACUCUUAGGUUGUUUGUAGUUGCGGAGAGUGAUUGUGUUGUUGUUUAUUAUUUUGUUGGGGUUUUAUCUUUCAUUUUCUUUGUUUUGCUAUCCUAUGGUACUUUUUUUUUUUAAAAAAAAACUUGGGAACAAAUAUGUCGAUAUUUAUUGAAUGAGAAUUUUUGUAGUAUUUUCAGACUUUGGAAAUCAGCUUUGUAGUUUAUUUGGAUGAUGUGAGGAUUACGUUUUCUGUGGUGAAGUG